AUGAAUUUCGUAACCUUCAACCAGGACCACAGCCAUCUAGGCGUUGGCACGCCCAAUGGCUACCGCAUAUACACCACCGACCCGUUCAACAAGCAGUCCGAGUCGCGCGAGGGAGAUGUCUCCAGCCUCGAGAUGCUCUUCUCCACGUCGCUGGUAGCUCUCACGCUGUCGCCACGCGUGCUGCGUAUACAAAACACCAAGGUUCGUCGGACAGGCGACGCUGGCCAGGCACGCACUGACAAGGACAAGAGGCACUCGACCAUAUGUGAGAUGACAUUCCGGACAGCCAUCCUCGCCAUGCGCAUGAACAGGAAACGCAUCGUCGUCGUGCUCGAGUCGGAACUCUACAUCUACGAUAUAAGCAACCUGCAGAUGCUCAAGACGGAGAAGACGUCGCCUAAUCCUAAUGCGAUAUGCGCUCUCUCAGCAUCGUCCGAGAACAACUACCUCGUGUAUCCGCUGCCCACCAAAGCCGCACCCGCUACCUUCCAGCCGCCUUCGCACGCGCCGCCCAAAGCCGAUCACAUCGCACCCACAAGCGGAGAAGUCCUUAUAUACGAUGCUACAAAAAUGGAGGCAGUCAACGUAAUUGAGGCGCACAAUUCUCCGCUAUCUUGCAUUGCGCUGAACAGCGAUGGUACCCUGCUGGCGACGGCAUCAGAAAAGGGCACCAUCAUCCGCGUCUUCUCCAUACCCGAUGCGCAAAAGCUGUACCAGUUCCGGAGAGGCUCCAUCCCGGCCAGGAUAUACAGCAUGUCUUUCAACUCGACAUCGACCUUGCUUAGUGUAUCGUCGGCGACCGAGACUGUCCACAUCUUCCGCUUAGGAGCGCCCAACAGCAGGAGUAAUAGCGUAUCUUCCGGGCCUAGCAAGCCCAUGGGCGCGUCUCAUGCACGUAGCGGAAGUCGAACGAGCCAAGAGACAGCGGAUGAAUUCGGUGCCAGCACAGCAGAUGUAUCGACUCCAGAGCGGAAACCCAUCAAUCCCACUUUUGGGAGUUUGAUUCGGCGCACAUCGCAGACCGUUGGAAAGUCCUUCGCCGCUACCGUCGGCGGAUAUUUACCCAGCGCUGUAGCAGAGAUCUGGGAGCCCUCGCGCGACUUUGCGUGGGUCAAGAUACCACGCUCUCCGACAAGCUCUUCCACGGGACCUGUCAGGAAUGUGGUAGCGCUCAACAACAACGGUCCUCAGAUUAUGGUAGUUACCAGUGAAGGGAACUACUAUGUGUUCAAUGUGGACUUGGAGAAGGGAGGCGAGGGUACACUGUACAAACAGUACUCCUAUAACUACCUUCACGAAUCCCUUCAUCCACUCCGCGAAACUUUGACGACCACAACGCACCCGGGAUCCGUAAAGAUGGUACACCAGAAUACUACGGGCAACCCGCUAAGCUCGGGUUCGCUCGCGCUGUUCAUGGCAACGUCGCUACCAAAAGGCGAAUCUUCACAGCUCAAGAAUGGCACCGAAGCCGUCGCACUAGCAGUACACGCCGGCAUGCUUGCUGUUGGCUUCCGCCUGAUCGGGCUGGGCGAAGACGAGCGCAUAGAAGCGCACGCAGACGCCGAAAACCCAGAGUCGUUACCGAAAGAAUGGAAUGCGUCAUCCUCAUACGCUUUCAGAUACGCCCACGCGCAGUCAGCCAUGGAGUACCUCGUCAAGGUCAAUAGGUUGGGAGGCAAAGCUGUCGUAUACGCUCUCGCGCUCGGCGAUGACAAGACCACACAUUUCGAAGUCACGACCAAGGACUACAUAUCCGAAUCGCAAUUACCAUUCAGUGUGUCUGAAGAUACAUCAACGGAGCAGGUGUCGGAGAAGGUGCAAGAGCUGUUCAUCUCGCCAGGCAGGCUGAACGACCUCGGCUCGCUCCUCAAGAUAUCUGUUAUACAGAAGCUGGCACCCGGGCUUAACAAGCCAGGCUACGAGGAGGGCAACACCGACCGCGAGCGCACCCCUACAGCGGAUCGGCAAGAACCACAACGAGGGGGACCUGCCAACCCACGGCAGCCCCCCACUGAACCGGAGCCCGCACGACCAUACCCUUUCAACGAUCCUCUCGCCGCACAGCCAGGCUCGGGGCGGCAUCUACCAGAACCCAUACCCGGCUUUGACGACGAGUUGGGCAUGAACAGACAGCCCGGUCGCAUGCCCGGUAACAACCCCAUCAACAUUGGGCAUGACGAUUUAUAUCCACAGGGUCUCGGACCUAAUGAUCCCCUUCGGCCACACCUAGCAGGAGGGCUGCCACGACCUGGCGGUUUUGGCGGCGGCGGGAUGCAUCCCACAUUCGAUGAUCCGCUGUUUCGCGGUCAAGGCGGACAAGGUGGAUAUGAUCCCAGAGCACCUCCGGGGGCGCGUUACGACCCUCUAGGACCAGGCGAUCCGCUUAGAGAGGACAGAGGAAGAGGUCCGAUGUUCCCAGGCGGGGGCGGGUUUGGAGGGCCAGGUGGUUUUGGCGGAGCAGGUGGACGACCACCGAAUCCAUUCGGUGGCUUUGGUGAUGGAGACUUCAUCUGA